AUGUCUUUCUCCUCGACAUCCAGCAUCGAUGGCUUGACCAUGCCGUCCAGGUUGCGCGGCCUUUACCAGGCGCAAAAGUCUGACAUCAGAAUCAACCUCAACAACCGACGAAGCGUCUACACCACUCUAGACAAAAUCGAGGGCGUUGUUGAGAUAACAGCAUCCGUUGAUACCAGCUUUGAUUCGAUCGACGUCGAAUUCGUCGGAACGUCCAGGACCUAUGUCGAACGCCUCACAACAGCGGCAGCCAUCUCUGGACGAUCAGAAGCAUUCCAUCAAUUCCUCAAACUUCAACAACCUCGCAUGCACCAGCACUAUCCCGACGACUAUGUGCUCAAAGCAGGCGAGACCUAUAAAUUUCCCUUCCUCUUCGUUGUUCCACAGCAGCUUCUCCCACGAGUAUGCCAGCACAAAGUCGUGAGCGAUUCGCUGCGAGAGGCCCACUUGCAACUGCCACCCAGCUUUGGAGACCGAGACGCCGCUCCCAAGGCAGAGACGCCAGAUGAUAUGGUCCCCGACAUGGCCAGCAUUCGGUACGGCGUGUUUGCGAGGAUCUCCAAGAACAAGGAGCACGGAGACGACAUCGUUCGCACGACUGUCGCCAGCAAGGCUCGCAGACUGCGAGUGCUUCCUGUAACUGAUGAGAUGCCGCCCCUCGAUGUUAGCAGCGAUGACAGCGAAUACACUAUGCGAAAAGAGAGGUCAAUGAGGAAGGGCAUGCUCAAGGGGAAGCUUGGUACACUUGUGAUGGAGGCUUCACAGCCCCCGUCAAUGCGUCUUCGUGCGCACAGCGCCGGAGAGCAGCAGCCUGCCAUGGCCACGAUCAUGCUGCGGUUCGACCCUUACGAGGAGAACUGUCCACCACCUCGUCUUGGAAGCCUGGCAACCAAACUGAAAGUCUGCACCUUCUUCGCCAGCAACGCUCGCCACGGAUACCCAACCAAGCAGGCUUCCCUCCUCGAUCUGUCUCAAGGCCUCCACACUGAGCAAUUGAGCUUGUCAUCGAGAUGUGUAGCUGGUGUUGAGUGGACCAGGCACAGCGGCAACGACCAGGUUCGACGAGAUUCGGCUUGCUCCACCUCCUCGACCACGAUGGGACAAGCACCAGAAGCGAGCGCAAACUUCAAGGGCAAGUCGUACUACGUUGCCAGAGUCCUGGUCCCAAUCAACCUGCCAUCAACCAAGACUUUCGUACCAACCUUCCACUCCUGCCUGGUCUCUCGCAUUUACCAGCUGAAGUUCGAACUCGGUCUCCACACCGCAGGCCUCGGCGGCACCGUCGACCUCAAAGUCCCCCUUCAAGUCGCCUACGAAGCUGGCAACGGCGACAGCCCCCGUCGCGGCUCGAUCGCAUCCGGGAUGGAGAUGGAGAUGGACGACGAGGAUGUAGGCGACUUCUUCGAAUCACGAACGGUCCACAUCCCCGAUGCGCAGUUCACUGGCCGCAGCCGCAUCGGCAGCCAUGCUCCAGUCCAAGAUGAUGCCCCACCGGGUUACUCUUUCUUUGCUCCACAGGCCAACGACUCCAGAGUUCCGGUCUUCUAG